UCGGCUCUGCCAGAAAAAUGUUUUAGGCGAGGGGUACCAGUGAAUGACGUGGGGCAACUUCGGUCGCAACUUUGACUUUUCGACUCACCCUUCCGUGGGACAAGGACAACCACAAUCACGUCCAAAUAACCGGCAACAACCGCAAGUAUGGUGCUCGCAAAAUCCAAGAAGAGCGUGGGGCUGGGCAACAGCCUCAUGAACGACAGGUUCGGGAAGGGAAAGGGUGCGGAUAUGCGGAGGGGCAACUUUCAGCAGGGAAUUGAGCGGACAGGGCAGAAUGGCGAGAAGUACAUCACGAACGAAAAGAAAGAGGCAUCAUGGGUCAAGAUGCGCUCUGUCACCGAGCAAGGCGCCCUCGACGACUUUCUUUCAACUGCAGAAUUAGCCGGAACCGACUUUACAGCUGAGAAAAUGAACAACGUCAAGAUCAUCCAUAAAGACCAGAGGAACCCCUACCUGUUGUCUAUGGCAGAAGAGCGCAGCAUUACGAAGAAGCAUCGAGAAAACAAGAACCGGUUGACCGUUCCCCGACGACCAAAGUGGGAUGAGCAUACAACACCACAAGAACUCGACACGAGGGAGAGGGAGUCGCUGCUCCUCUGGCGGAGAGGCCUCGCUGAGUUGCAGGAGAACAACGACCUGCUCAUGACGCCGUUCGAGCGCAACCUCGAAGUCUGGAGGCAGCUAUGGCGAGUUAUCGAGAGGUCAGAUCUAGUGGUGCAGAUUGUAGACGCGCGUAAUCCCCUGCUCUUCCGAUCCGAGGAUUUGGAAGACUAUGUCAAAGAGGUUGAUCCGAAAAAGAACAAUCUUUUACUCGUCAACAAAGCGGAUAUGAUGACGCUGGAGCAGCGACAGGCUUGGGCCGAUUACUUCACCGAGACGGGUAUCAACUACAAGUUCUUCUCAGCCGAGUUAGCAAAAGAAAUCAACGAGGCUAGAGCACUAGAAGAAGGUAGUGAUGAGUCAGAUGGUUCGGAUGAUUCAGACGACUAUCUGGACGAAGACGACGUUGAAGAUGAGAUCGACUCAGAGGGCGACGAUCUUGCCAAAGAGACCAAGAAAAUUGACCUCCAAGACAAACCGGAAGGGAAGGGAAAACAGGUUGACGACACAGUUGACGUGCCCGGCGAGGACGUUGUGCUAUCUGAGGAAGAAGAGCGGGUGCGGAUACUUACUACCGAGGACCUUGAAGCACUGUUUCUCAAGCAUUCCCCCGACAUCGACACCGGACCCAAUGGCGAGCCUCGCAAGACUUCGAUCGGCUUAGUUGGUUAUCCUAACGUCGGAAAGUCUUCUACAAUCAACGCUCUGAUCGGCGCUAAGAAAGUCUCUGUAUCAGCAACGCCAGGAAAAACGAAGCACUUCCAAACUAUCCACCUUAGUGAGAAGGUUGUUCUUUGCGAUUGUCCCGGUCUCGUGUUCCCCAACUUCGCCACGACAAAAGCCGAGCUUGUAUGUGCUGGCGUGCUGCCUAUUGACCAACUGCGAGAGUACACAGGUCCUGCGGGCUUAGUUGCCCGGCGGGUACCACAGCCCUUCCUCGAAGCACUCUACGGCAUGAAGAUCAAUCCUCGACCUCUUGAGGAAGGUGGUACCGGCAUCCUCACCUCUGAGGAGGUGCUACGUGCCUACGCCAUUGCCCGUGGCUUCUCCACGCAGGGUCUGGGCCAGCCAGAUGAGUCGCGAGCAGCGCGCUACAUCCUGAAAGACUACGUCAAGGGCAAGCUCUUGUACUGCCAUCCCCCGCCCGUUGAUCCACCCAUCGACUCCAAGUAUUUCAAUCGCGAACUCUACGACAUCAACCAUCUCCCUGCAAAGCGACGCCACCAUCCUCUAGCGCUCGCGAGCGCACAGGAUGAGACCGACUCUCUCAUGACAGAGGAUCUUGACCUGCCUACAAGCGGCGCACCCGUCACGGGCGAAAAGACGCAGCGCAUGGAUAAGAAGUUCUUUGGCCCUGGGCAAGGUGUGGGCAAUGCCAGCAUGCCGUUUCACUACAAAUACAGUGAGCAGGGCAAGGAGCUGAGUGGGAGGAAGUUGAAGACGCUCACAGCCUUGGAGAAGGAUGUCGAUCCUGAGGAUCUCAAAAUGGGGAGCAAGAAGCAUUUCAAGGCGAACAAGAGGAGGGCGAAGAAGGUGCGGUCGGAGUAUGACUAGUCGGUCAGUGUGCUCAUCGAGAUUUAGUUAGCCAUGGAGAAAUUUCUUAUCGUUGCAUGAUCGGAGUUCUAGUCUGGUAUUGUGCACGAGGGUCCUUUACGAACUCGAACAAAAAUUCACUACAACUUUCACAAUCCGCUUUCUAAUCUCUGGGAUCAACGUCAAUCUAAUUCACUGACAGCCUAGAAAUAAUUCCUUGCACGGCGCUCUAGAUUCCGAGACUAAUGAUUCUCCCUGAUUCGCAAAGUCACGUCGCUUCGAAUAGGGCUAGCUGGAAUGCGUUCAAGAGCAGAGUGGAGAAUUUUUGCCAUCGCCAGACUAUAAUCGAGUAGUUUACUAGGAUUAGAUAAAUGUUAAGUUUGACAAGUUAGCAGCAUGAUACUCAAAGUACCU